AUGGAGGGGGAUGCACCCGGGCGCAAGAGAAAGAGACAGCAGGACAGGAAUGUCCGGCAAGACAGGGCCCGAGUGCGACGCGGGCGCGAGGGUCCCUCCUCUUUGUCUGGAAGCAGGUUGAAUGUUGGACAAACGGAUCGCGGCGAGGCGGACACGGCGAGGGAGCACGAAGAGACCGUACUUUCCACCGAGUCGCUGGCACAGUCAAAGACGACAGAGGCUCGACAAAGCACAAGCGGAAACCCGCGAUGGUCGAACGUGGCUCCCGUCUUUGCAAUCGACUCGGCGGAGGGAAAGGCCCAGAGGUACGCCGAAUUGCUCAGGAGGGAGUCGAUUGACUUCUUCCAGCACCUUCAUCAUACGACAGACCAGCUAUUUGAUGGGGCAUUGCAGGAAGUUGGCUCAGACGUCGACGAGGACAAGGACCAGCCGGAUGAUGUGCAGAUAGAGGAGGAUGAAGAGGAGGAUGCUGCGACGGCAGAGGAAGACGAGGUGGAACAAAGCGACGAGGAAGAGGCGACUCACAAGGAGGCUCCCUCGGAAACCUCAAAGGAGUCAUGGGAGGCGCAAUGGUCGCAAAGCGAGAUCCAACACUUCUUUCGCGGUCUGGUCAGAUAUUCGCGCUGGAGGGCCGACGUCAUCGCGACCGAUUUCCUCCACGGCACCAAGUCAGAAGCACAAGUCCAGCAGCUUCUUCAGCUCUUGCGACGUCAGGCCGCGAGAAGAAUGGGGGCAAAACAUAGGCCACAUGCUGAUGGGCGUCAUAUGAUGAGAGCUAUGGGAACAGGAGGAUUAAACGAGGCCGCUCGCAAGCGGCAAAGAGCAGUACCUGCUGCUGCUGCCGUCGAGAUGAGCGACGAGUGGAUUGCAUUCGAGGAAGCACAAGCACAGACGUUGGCCCUCUGGCAAGAUGAGCCCCGGCAGGGAGCAGAGGAGGAGGAGAUCGUCUCAUGGGAUCGCCAGGUGCUGAAUGCGGCUCUCUUUCUUCGGUGUCACUAUGUCGUCGGUGACGUCUCCGAUCAAGGAGGCGAGCAUGGCUGUAUACUGAAGCUUCAGCAAGGCUCAGCCACGGCAAUGUACUGCUCCUUGUCGGAACUCAUUGGUAGAUUGAAGCGCGUCCAGGGAUUGUCUCAUCGAGGACCAUCGUACAGGCGCUUCUCGGAAGAGUACGCCGUCCCAGCGAUCUCAAGGAAGCGUUCCAACGAGUCGGUGGCCCUCAGGGUUAUUCACCAUGCCGUCGAGCUGGGGCUAUUGGCCUGGGUUCGCAUUCAAGGCGAUAGCACAAUACCGACGGCGAUAAUCACACAAGUCGACGACGGUCGAGGAGGCUUGGUGAGCACGAGGUGGGAGAAAGACCUUCCCUGCCCUCCCAACGCACACCUCAUCUGGGUGGAUAGCAUCAAGCCGACCGAUACGGUACUAGAGCCAUGGUUGCCUCCCGAUGCAACCGAGUCAGCCAGAACGUCUCUCCAACAAUCCCGUGUCCACCUCGCGAGGAUCCAAAGCCAAUCCCUGACGAUCUCGGAACUGUCAGCGCUUGAGCAGGCCAUUGUCUUCAAGAAGUCUCAUCGAUCCCAACCUUCUCUCGCACCUUUUCCCCCACAAGACUCGGAAUCGGAGACCUUCUAUCGAGGCUUCGACCUUUCCAAUAUCCCUCGAGAACAUUGGAAGAGUGUCAAGGGGAAGAUUCGGGCAAGAUUGUCGAGGGGCGCCGCCGAUAUGCCAAUCGAUGUCAACAUGUCGGCGGGAAGAAAAAGGAGGAGGCGAUCAUCGCCAAGCGAUGGAGCAGUCGGCGACGUGGAGGCCAUACUGCACCUCGUGGACGAGCUUCGAGUCUUUGUCGAAGGAGUUCUCGUGGUGCUGAUAGAACGACGGCGCGACGACGCGAUCAUUUCCACAGAGGCCGUACAGCGGUCCGCGGACGAGGUAUUGCGUCGAUUUGGCGCCGACACAGACCAUAACAAUGGCCCUGGAGACGGAGCACAACAAUUGGCAUGGAACAAGGCCUAUCAAGAAGUUGAAGAGGAGAGGUCAUCCGUUGAGGUGGAGGAAGAUGAGGAAGAUGAGGAAGAGGGAGAGGGAGAAGAUGAUGAAGAUGAGCAGACGAGACUUCUCGAAGGUCUCGCCCCCUUGCAGCCAUCAGCUACGUCCAGCGUCGUUCAGCGUGCCUUUGAAUGGUCAGCGGACGGCUCUAGCCACGCAUACGAUCGACCUCUUCGAUCAGGUCGGGCCUCGUCAACACGAGGGAGGACAGCCGCGUUGGCCCGGGAGGCCAUUAGCGACGAGGUAGACAACAGGAAACUCGAGAGGCGAGAUUUAGCAGUCGAACGUCGGAUGUGGUCCCUCUUUGGCCUUCUCCCGACGAAGAACCCUUCUCCUUGA